AUGGCCGGAACAGAACCUGAACCUGCAAAGCCGAGCAGCACACAGGCAGUGCUUGAAGCAGCAAAUGACGAAAUGAUUCUUCUUCCGGAAUUAGAUGCGUCCGAGUACUUGAAAUCCCUGGACCAGCCAUACUCCCGCUUCGGCGUCAGUCCUGUACUCCGCAUCCCGGGCCUUCUCAUAUCCUCACUCUUCAUAACAAUACCACUCGGUGCCUACCGCGGAGCAAAUCUCUCAGGCCUUCAGUUCUUAGCCGAGAACUCACACCGGCUGCCGGGAAACGUGCAGGGAUGGUACUUUUAUCACAAGCGGAAAAACUACGUCAUGAUGUUCAACGCUAUGAAAAUGUCCUUCUCGUUCACCGUCCAGGGACUCGCGUUCACGGCCGGUUUGUUUGGUAUCGAGGCCGCGCUUGAUACUGCUCGGGGGCAGGUUGAUUUUUUGAAUACUACUGCCGGUGCUGGUUUCGUCGGUUAUCUAUACGCACGGAGGCAUAAACUGCCAUGGAGACAAGUCAAGAGCACGAUUAAAACCGGCGCAAAGAUGGGAAUGGUCUAUGGUCUCGCUCAGGACCUUGUGAGAUCGUUUGACGGGCGCACAUGGUACGUCAAUCUGAUAAAAGACACAUUUCUCAACGAGGACGAGCAGCAGGACGGUCCUCCUCCUACGUUGGAAGCAAAGUAG